AUGCCACCGAAACGAAAGUCCACAACCGAUGAGGAAGAUGAUGAAUAUCGCCGCAAGCGUGACCGAAAUAAUCAGGCAGUUAAACGCAGCCGGGUGAAAUCUAAAAUGAAGACGGAAGAAACCCAGCAGCGCGUGAACGAUUUGCGGCUCAGGAACCAGGUGCUGGAGGAUAAAAUAGACAACCAAAAGAAGGAGCUGAAAUUCCUGAAGGAGUUAUUUCUCACACAAGCACAGGCAAAGGCAGAGAAGCUGGUCGGGAUCAAUAUUAACGAGCUGCUCCAGGACGACGAUAGCGAUAAUGAUGACGACAAUGGUGAAUCUAGCAAGAAACGAGUCAAAGAACAGCCGAAAGGUGAAGGAAGUAAAAGCAGAUCUAGGAGAUAG